AUGACAGGGACGCGACGAGUGAGAUCGAGUGGCCUGUUGCUGUUCGCAGCAGUUGCUGCUGCUGGUGCCGCCGCCGCUUCUGCUCAGUAUGCUACGUCGCAGAAGAUGGACGAGGCUAGCGGAAAUCCCCAGCUGCAUGAGGAGGCGGCUGUGGUGCCCCCUGAAAAUGCGCCGCCAAGUUUGGGGGCCCCUAGAGUAUGGGAGGAGAAUCCUGGGAAGGGUGAAGGUAUGCAGGAUGCUCAAGAAAUUGCGGAGUUCGAGGGAGCUGCGGAAGAAGGUGAGAAGGAGACAGAGGUGAAGGAUCGCAUGGACGGCAGGCUGAUGACUCCCGCACAGCGCAGGGUCGGCCCUGCCUAUAGUAAUAAUCAGCUGGCAGGAUUGCCUAAUGCGGGUUGGGAGGGGAACACGCCGCAGCCGGCCAAGCCCGCUCGCCAGUGGGCAGAGGGCAAUGGGGAGGCAGGCAGGGAGUGGACACGGGCCCUGCGCAGUGCAGGGAGUUCAAUUAGGCGUAUCUCUCGCCGCGUCUAUCAGCGAAGUGAGGAUUACUGGAAGGAGCCCCGUCGGCGGCGAGCUUUAAUAUACUUUGCUACAGUUACUGUUAUGGCUGUGGCUCUGGCUUUUGCGGAGCACCGCACACGCCUGCGCGCUGCGGAGGGGCAGCAGCUACGGGAGCGGGAGGCGUUCAUGAUGGACAUCGAAAGAGAUAUUGCGAUGGAAGCGGAAGCUGUAAAGAAGGGGUUGGCCGAAGCUGAUGCAAUCAAAGAAGAACAAGAACGCGCCACUGAGCUUCUCGCUAAGGAACAAGCAGCUGUGGAGAAGCAUCGCGCACACCUGCGGCGAAGAAUGGCGGCGUUACAGGAGGAGCAGCUGGCACUCAGCGUGCGGAAAGCUAAGUCGCAGUUGGCUUCUCUGCAGGAGCUGGAGGAGGAAGAAGAUAAACAACUGGUUCAAGAAAAGUUGCUUGAGAUCCGAGAACAAGCCAACACUCUCUUCUGGCAUGACGAGGAGGGGCGCAAGAAAGCAGCCGCUGCGCUCACCAAAAUGUCGGUACUUGAAGUCGAAGUGCGAUCGCAUUACAACAGUUUGCUGCGAAUGAUGGAUAUGAGUUCGUGGACCCCAGAGGUGCGCCAGCAGGCGAUGUGGCUGAAGGAACAGCUCCGGGACUCCGUCGCCGAUCUCGAGAUUCAAGUGCAUGAAGCGAUCCUUGCUUUCACAGACGACUUAUGGGUGGCAAUGGCGGAGCGCAAACUUCUCCUAGAUCCUGGUUCCAAGGAGCAAAUACGCCGGGGAAUUGAAAGGCAGUGGCCUGUUCAGGCCAAGCAUCAGCGGAUAGUCGCCGAGAUGCAAGACGAAGGGAGGGAGGCUUUGGAAGCCAAGAGACGCGAGAUCGCCACGGUUAAGAACCUACUGGACUACCACAUGACGAAUCAGCAACGGGAGCAGAUGUCAGCGCUUCUCUUUGGCUUGAUGAGCACGGAGUUGUACCAAGAGAGCUUCCUGCGCGUCCUCGACGCAGACGUGGCGAGACACCUGGACCGCCGCGCUUGGCUAUCAAAGAUGCAACGCCUGCUUGGCGAAGCAGAAGAGCGAGCCCAGGCAGCAAUGGAAUCCUGGGGUACGGAACGCGCGGCGUUGGCGGAACUCAAGGGGAAGGUCAAGGGCAUCAGAACCAUCUUGGCUUCUCUAGACGACACAUUGGACCUUUGCUUUACGGUUCACGAAACUUGGUACAAGAAGUGGGGCACCGGUGAGCCAUCGGGGUGA